UUAUUUUUAAGGUUUAAAAUGGAAGUCACUAAGGAGAAUUUUGAUGAAGCAUUUGAAGUAGUCAAAGAAGCGGUGAACGAGUGUGACAUCAUGGCUUUUGAUACCGAAUUCACAGGAUUUUCGAUCAGCAUUGAAGACAGAGGGCACGACUAUGAUAGCAUUGAAGACAGAUACCAAAAGCUCAAAUUUGUAUGCAGUCAGUGCAAAGCUAUCCAAUUUGGACUCACCACAUUCAAAUGGCAGCCCGCCUCAAAGGAGUACAUAGCGCAAUGUUUCAAUUUCUAUAUCCUAAAAACCGGGAGAAAGGGUGAAAACUACAUUCUGACCAUGAAGGCUGACUGAAUGAACUUCUUAGCCGUGAAUAACUUUGACUUCAAAUAAACUCUACACUUCAGGCAUUACCUACGAGAGACUUAGUGACUCAGAGAAGAUCCUUAAAUAUGGCAGCGAUACCAAGAACCUGAAGCUGCUUUCACCAGAGAAUCAAAAGAGAAAGAAGCAGAUCCUUAAAGAAGUCAAGAAGAUGGUCUUUGGGGACUCCUAUGAGCUGAAGUACGAGUUUCAGAGCGACUUGUUGAAGACAAUGCUCACGACUAUCAUUAAGAAGAAGUAUCCCGGUAUUUAUACUUACUAUAAGAAAGGAGACAAACUGUUUAAAGUCAUUAAGGGAUCUAAAUUCGUGCCUAUUAGUGAGCAAGUAAACUCUAUCCGCGAUGGGAUCUUUGAUGACGAAUCCUCUGGUUCAGAUUCUACAGCAAGUAAUGGACUCAAUCUGAACAAAAUCGAGAAGACACAGGGAAUCAAUGCUGCUAACAAGUACAAGAGUGAGAUGGGAUUCAGCCUUGUUAUUGAUGAAAUGAUUAAAUCAAAGAAGCCGCUAGUUGGGCACAAUUGCAUCUAUGAUAUCUGUUUUAUGUAUGAUCAGUUCAUUGCUCCAUUACCAGAUACCUUCUUAGACUUUAGCAGGGAGUGGAGAAAAUGUUUCCCUGAGAUGUAUGACACAAAGUAUAUCACCCACUCUUAUCAAGGGAAAAUCUUCUUCACAACUCAUUUGGGAUCUCUUUAUAAGAAGUGCAGGAAGGAUAAGUCACUCAGAAAUAUGGUCAAGUUCAGCCUUGACGAUGCUCCCAUCUACAACAAAUACCAAGAAGAAUCCCAGGCUCUCCUCAGUGCCAUGAACAUCAGUCAUGCUCACGAAGCCGCCUUUGACGCCUUCAUGGCAGGCACUGUCUUCUUGGUCACCGGAAAAUACCGUGAAAUCGGUAAGGCCAUGGAGCUCCAGAAGGAAGCCAGGAAAGCAGCUAGAAAACAGUUGAAAUCUAACGGGAAGCCUAAAAAGAGGGAAAUGAAAGCCUACGAGAAGGAUACAGGCAUGGAAACCCAGAUCUCCAGCUGUGAAUCCAGGAUGUCCUGGAUGGGCCUCAGAGGAGAAAAAGUCAACCUUGAACACAUCGAAGAUCUCAGGAACAAAGUUGUGUUUGAUCUUAGCAAUAGAUACUUUGACUUCUCAGAGGAGUUCGAUGGUACUGAAGAAGGGUUUAAUACGAAUAAUGUCAUAUGGGUCAGAUGGGCCGAGAAAGCUAAUGAUCCACCCACUGUUGCACAGGAAGACUGGCUCAACAAUAAGAUUGAGUAUAAAAGCGAGAAGGUGAACAUUAUUGUUUCCAACAUCGCAGAAAUUUUGUCCAAAUUUGGGGAUGUUACUAUCGCCAAAGAUUCUCUAGUUUCCGCUUACAUUGAAUUCACUUCGGUCGAGCCCGGAAUUUUCAAAAAGAGGAGCAAAAAGCUCCCGCUUUUUCAGACAAAAGCGGUUCUGAAACAAAUUGAGAACAAGCUGAAAGAUAAAACGGGACUUGACACUUUCGAAGUGUUUCCUUACAAAGAUGCUGAGAAAUUUUGCGCGAAAUACAUCCAUGAGUAG